AUGCCUCGAAAGAGCGUCCAUCAUCACCAUCAUCAUCACCAUCACUACCAGAAUGAGGACGGCCUGGAUUAUUACGGCCUGGGUGAUCACCAUGAAGCCAUCGGCGAACAAAACCAGAAAGCUGUCAAAAUUGACAAGGCAGUUUUCGCAGUGCUCCGGGAUUCGUUUGUCGUGGUCAACUUCGAGCGUCUUCAGUCGCGGAACAAUGCUGACGACCGAGAUUCCCAAACCCGUCACGCUUCUCGACCUAAACUCCAACCCCGACCUCGACUUCAACCUCGGCCUCAAUCUCGACUCCAGCCUGUGAUCCCAGCGACGAACCCUUUCUCUGGAAAGUUGAGGAACUUGCACCUCAUCGAGAAAGCUUUUGCGUACGAAUAUGGCCUAUCUCAUCCGAAGACUCUUUCUGUUCGCAACGUUACGCAGGAGGGUCCCCAAAUGGAUAUCUGCUGGAAAGUACCUGACAAGUACGUCUGGCUGGCGAGAGUCAGUACUCAAGACAUGGCCUCCGAAUUGGUCACCCUCGCUCUCUCCCUCAGCCCCCCAGGCUGGUCGAACAUCAGCAUGAUAUGGCGUGGGGAAUACGGUUCGGAAAUAUCCAUCAUCCUUUGCACCCACCGCAAGGAGUAUGUCGACAAGGUCGAGAACGGCGAAGGAGAGGUCAUUCUUUUUGGCCACCAGAAGAUUGCUACUCUGGGAAGACUUCUGGGUUUCGAGGUCAAGGAAGGUCAGGGGCCAUUGGUGUUACUCUGA